UUUGAGCUUCCAACACUUUUAUACAUUUCAUAAAAAUAUUGAUUAUUUAUGAAUUUUAAUUUUCUGAAUGUAACAUAGAAUUUGUAAUGGAAUAAUUCUAUUGAUAUAAAUCAAAAUAAAAUUUGAAUUGUACGAGAAAUACAGAACCAGUAUGACAUUUCUGUCACAUAUUAACCCAUGAAUAUUCUGAUCUGUUUAAUAUGGAUGAAUAUCAUGACACAAGUGCUAAUUAUUGGUAAAAACAUAAUUUUUAAGGAAUACCACAAGAUCAAGAGGAAAAGAGGUAGUUCCAACACUGAGCAAAGAAGCUCUGCAGUAGAAGAAACAUCAGUAAAAUGACUAAAAAAUGUUUCAAUUUAACUAUUCAUUUUUACUUUAUUCUCAGGCACAGCAGUCUACAAGGGUCACAACAGCUGUACCGAAGGAUGUGUCUAGAAUCUUGAUAGAGGGACCAAUAGAAGAGAUAGCCUCAAUACCUUCGGAGCAACUUGUUACAGCUCUAAAACUGCUCAAAGAUAUAGAAAUUGUACCAGACAACCAUAUCAUAGAAGUAUGGAAGAUAUUGAAAGGCAAUAAAUCAAGAGAAUCCCUGAGUUUGGAAGAUAUAAAAAAAAUGAAUGGAUAUUUGAGUGAAAUACCUGAUACAGAUUUUUUUUAUUUCAAUAUGUCUAACUGGGAUUUGGUAGAAUAUCUAGGAAAAUACAAGAAAUUUGCAAAACAUGAAGUAGCAAUUCUAAGUGCCUCUUUGAUAAAAACACAUGGAUUUGGGAUCUUGAACAAUCAUUCCUGUUUAAACAGAAUGUAUGGAAUAAUUUGUGGCUUUGACCCACAUCUUGUAAAAAAUAUACCAGACAAGGAAUUUCUUCAAAUAAAUGGAGAAAUCUUUGAAAACCUUCAUGCUUGCACUCAGUCUCAAAGAAGGGUCUUUUUAGAAAAAGCAACAAAGCCAACAAUUUUUGGCCCUCCUCAAGUUUGGAAUUCCGAAACAGUCCAUAAAGCUAACAUGCUUAUUCUUGCCAUGAAACCCAGAGAAUUACUGUCAAUAAGACCUCCUGCCAUGGAGGGGAUCAAACCAUCAAUUCUGAAAAUGAUGAGUAUGGAACUAAUAAUGGCACUCAACAGAAAACAGAUUGCAUUUCUAAGCACCGAAGCAUUUUUAACUUACAAAGAAAGGAUUUUCUUAAGCAGUAAACAAGUAUACCAUAAGCCUAAUAUCAGUUGUAAUAUUUUAUUACUUGUAUCUUUUUUAAUAUAUUUAGAACGAGUGAGAUAACUCAAAAGAGUUCAAGUUAAUAUUAAACUUAAUCACAAAUUUCUACUGUGUGAUUUCAUUGGUUUUAACUUAUCAUACAUAUUUCUGAUACUGUAUAAUCAGCUGAUGAACUGAAUAAUUCAUGAUUGGAGCAGAUUCAAAUAAUAUAAUUCAUAUUUUCCAAGAUAUUCUUUGAGUUUGAUAAAAAAAACUUCU